AGUCGAUAAAACAGAACGCAAAGCGAAACCUAACCAAACUUUAUUAAGUUGUCGUUUUGUUGUUAAAACUUCUUAAAAAACGUUAAACUAUGUACAAUUAACGUUAUUAGACAAAGUAAUUUGUAAUUAAAUAUUAUUUUGUUGCAAAAAACAUAAAAACAGAAUGAAUUUCUUAAAAUAUCAAGACUUUAUAAGCGCACCACCGACAAAUCAAGCAAUCGCGCCGCAAUCGACCAAUACAAAUCCACAAUUCGCCCCGGAUUUUCGCUACAGUCUUGAUCCGAGAUGUUUGAGCAUCAACAGCGAACUACAGACAAUCUACGGAAGCACAAAUGAUGAACUUUGGAUUGACUCAUGGCUCCAUCAAAACAAUCUAACCAGGGCUGUUUUGCAAAAACCACAAAAUAAAACCGCGCAAGUCUCGUUGCAUCAAGCCAAAGAAACCCUGCAACACACUUUGGCAUUGCUGGAGAAAUUGGAAAAGUUUGAAGGUAAUUUACAUAGUGAAAUUGAAACUAUGGGUAACGAUGAAUGGCUAAUUAAAAUUAAACAAAUCGAAGAAAUGAAGAAGGAUUAUGUUAGCCUGGUGACUACCCUCAAUAAUCCUAAAACCAUAAGUAACUUGAAAAAACUUAUAGAGAAGAGAAAAAAGAAAAGACUGAAUCUUAAACAUAAGAAACAACGAAAUAGACUCACUGAAAAGGUUAAAUUAGAACAAAGGCAACGAAUGCAUAAAGAAAUUGACUUGUGGUUGAAUAGCAUGCGAGAGGAAGCCAAUAGGAUCAAAGAGGAAGAAAACAUUAAAAGAGAUGCAGACUGUGUGCUGGGAGAAGUAACCAAAAAAAAGUCUGAUGCCAGAAAACAAUUGUCUUUAAUUACAUCUUUGGUAAAAUUAAGGUCAGUAAGGGAAAGUAUGGCAAUUCAAAGGGGUGAAAAAAUACUUCUUGAAGACAAACAAGCUUUUAAUAUUACCACAGAAAAACUGAUCAAAAUGUGGGAAGACAGCAUAAAAUCCUACACAAAGGAAGAACAAGGCCUAAGAUUAAUGCUUGAAAAAACUGCCACCGAAGAUAACAAACAAGCAAAUCUUAAAAAAGAAAGAGAACUGGUAAACGAAUGGCAACAUGUUUUGUUUGGCAACAAUGUAAAACCCACAGAUAACCCUACAUUUUGGGCUUUAACAGCUUCGGAAAGAAAUAUGGAGACAUUUAUUGCUGUGAGAAAGAGUUGGGAUACAUUUUUGGUGGCUGAAUCGAGCUCUAGUGGGUCUAAAAUACCCAUUGGAUGGGUUGUUCCUAGUAAAGAUUUUAAUCCUGAAUGGACAAAGUACAAAUGUAUUGUUAAUACGUAAAUAAACCUAUUUUGUUUUAUUUUUUAUC